GAGGGAGGCUGCUGAGGACGAAGGCUGCUGCUGGGGCAGUGGGUCUAGGGGGCAUGCUCUGAUCACAUCAGGUUCGUAUCAUCAUGCUUGAAAACAAAGACUUUAACCUUCAAGUCGAGGAGGAUAACCCCCCAGUGAGCCGACUAACCAGCUGCCAGAGAUGAGUCCCACUGCUGAUAGGACCAGGGAGAAAAGGCCCGUCUGGACUUCCACAGUGCCGAGCCAGGACAGCCAUGGCCAAGAGAGACUACCUGGUGGAGGCAGCCAAGCAGAUCCGCAUGGCUCUGGACAGGGAGGUCAGUGAAGACUAUGAAGCUGCCUUCAGCUACUACAAGAAUGGGGUUGACCUGUUGCUCAAUGGAGUUCAAGUGGACCCUAACAAGGAGCGCCGCGAGGCAGUGAAGAGGAAGACUACUCAGUAUCUGAAGAGGGCCGAGGAAAUCUUUAUCUCCCACCUGCAGGACAACCUGGGGAAGGGGAACUCUCACGUAGGGGGUUACAGUAGUCUGAGAUUCCGGCCAAUCAGACACCUGAGCUGCCCAGUGGAGGAUCUGGAGAUGUGUAAAGUGGUGGGGAUCAUUGAUAAGGUCCUGAUUGUCCAAAGCCUGAUUACAAAGGAGAAAUGUGUUGUUAAAAGCCUGCCCAAGUCGAGCUGGGAGAGCCGGGACCAGCCCACUAUCAUCCCCCAGGGCGUCCCCUAUAUGGUGAAGCUGCUGAGAUACUAUGUCAGUGAGGAUGCUGUGUACCUGCAUCUGGAGCAUGUUCAAGGUGGGAAGCUUUUCUCCAAACUGUCCAAGGUCAGGAACGACCGAGCCAAGGAGCACCCAGAAUGCUACAUUCCCAGCCAGCACAGGAUCAAACUGAAGAACAGCUACACCUCCCCUACCAUCAGCUCAGACUACCAGCAGAAUGAUAGAGGGGGCACAGGGACAACCCCUCUCCUGGAAAGGGAGAACGAGGAGAGCCCAGACACAGACUCCCCUGCAUCUUGGCAUGAGGCUCAGCACCGUCUGAGCCUCAUGCCUGUAGGACCCACUCGUACUGCGGGGAGACAGGCUGCCUGCAGAACAACUCAAGGUCUACAGCGCCACAGCCCUUUAUCUGGACCAAUGAGGACAGACAUCAGUCCCCAUAUCCAUCCAGCAGGCCACAGUCAGUGUUUGCACUCUGAAACUCAGGACAAGCCUGCUCUUCCUAGUCAUCUGUGCAUCGAUCAGGUUCCUGAUGCCACCUCUGAGCCUUCUGGGAAGGCCACUGGAACAGAAGAAAUAGAAUCCAGUUUGGAUUUUGACGUGGUGUGGAAGGCUGCUGAUCCGACACAGAAUUGUGAGAGUGACUCAGAUAUAGCUGCAGGUAAACCUGUACCUCUAACAACUCAGACCUCUUCUGGUGGGACAGGGUCAACAGUGAACUUGAAGAAUCAUUCUAUCAGUUUGUAUUCACAGAAUAGUUAUGUUCCCAAUACAUUGCAAUUACCCCUCCAUAAUCAAAGCCAGGCUAGUGAGAUGGCAACUUUGACCUCCUAUGGCUCUCACCAAGGCAGUGUUUCAGGUGGAGACCUUGAGAACACUGUGGGUGUAGAGAUAUCCACACACCAGGAGAGAGGGCAGGAAGAGCAGGUAAACCAUCACACUACUGAAAAGAGCAUUGUGAACUUAGUAAGCGGGGACACAGAGACUUCCCAGCCUGGCAGAGCUGUUUGUCCCUCUACAGUAGACAAGCUGAAGGUCAUGAGGACAUCCUCAGGGAUCUCUCACCCCCCUUCCCUCCCUCGCUGUCUCAGUGCUGGGACAAAGCAGGGGAACCAGGCAGGCAUCUCCCUGGCCCUCACAGGGGCAAAGUAUCAUGUGGGGCCUCCUUGCAGAGAGCCAGGGGAGGAGGUGGAGGAGGGCUGGGAGCUGAGCCCUGUGAGUAAGGACAUCCCCCAAGAGAAAGGAUCACUGUGUGACCCCAACACCCCUGGCCCCACAGGGGCCUCCCCACAGUGUCGGAAGGAGAACAUGAAUGCUUUCCUGAAGUCAAAUGGAUCAGAUGGACAGGGUCAGGAUCAGAUCAUUGAGGUGGAGGGCUGGUGCCACCAGCCCAAGUUCCCAGCCAAGACCUCCAGAGGGAGAGACGGGGUCUGGCAGGGCUGUUGGGGGCUGCCUGAGGCAGAGGUGCGUCUGUUGGGAGCUCAGAUCCUCCUGGCCCUGGAGAGUCUUCACCAGCAAGGUGUCAUGUGCCGUGACCUCAACCCAAAGAACAUCCUGCUUACCAGCAUCGGAAAGGUCUGCCUGACAUUCUUUGGCCAGUGGAGUGAAGUUCAGUCAGAAACCAACUCUGAAGCUAUGGACCAGAUGUACUGUGCCCCAGAGAUUGGAGGUGUGUCCAAAAUCACAGAGGCUUGUGAUUGGUGGAGUUUGGGGGCAUUGCUAUUUGAACUUCUUACAGGAAUGCCCCUGUGGCAGUUCCACCCAGCCGGGGUACAUUCUCACACCCAGCUUCUGAUCCCAGACCAGCUGAGUACUGCAGCUGCCUCCCUGCUCACUGAGCUUCUGCAGUUUGACGCUGGUUAUCGUUUGGGCUCUGGAGGCGGUGGAGUGAGUGACAUCAAGUGUCACCCCUUCUUCAAUGGUGUCUCCUGGAAGGCACUGAGCAGUUAGCAGGUCAACAGACUGUCUGUAGCCUGAACAGUUAUCUGCAGCCAAGUGAAGUUGGGCAGCCACUGCCCCCUCGUGGCUAAAAUAAUUGAAGCCCCAGCUCUGGAGCUACUUCCUGAGCAUCUUGUUCUUCCCAAAUAAUGACAGAUUAGAAGGGUAAUUCAGAGCAGCAGGCACACAGCCAACAUGUCAACCCUGCAACAUCCAAACUCUGCCAUCUAAUGUCACCCUAGUUCCACACUACACAGGGUCCUGUGAGCCCGGAGGUAUAACCAGAGUCAGCAAGCCCAUUGUCAGUCAACUGAAUGCCCACUUGCUGGCUUCAAAUGGGGAGGCUGGGGGAAAGAUUCUAAGCCUGUGCAUGGUUCUGAAUCUCAAUACUGGUACUCUGGGUAUAGUGGUGCCUCAAUUGUUGACAUGAGAUUUUACAGUAGCUACAAAAAUCUUAGUUUGAGAACUCCAUUUAAACACCAAAGCUUGUCAAGUAGCUGGUAUGGAACUGGUAACAACUUCAUUGUUUGUGAUAACACCCUGUAUUAUCAAUUGAACAAUCCAUUUAGCAUGGCCAAACUGAAUUUUACUGCUAUGAAAUAUGAGUACAGGGUCAUUGCAAAGGCUAGCACCAGAUUAUCGUAUAGUCACUCACCCAAUCUGAAUCUAGACUUUGCUGCUGAUGAGAAUGGGCUGUAAAGUGACCUAUGCUACAGAGGAAUCCAAGGGUAAAAUGGUCAUUGCUAAAAUUCAUGAGCCAUCAUUUGGUAUAGAGGAGUUGUGGGAAACCAGUGUGUACAAACCAUCUGUGAGCAAUGCCAUCAUGGUGUGUGGGGUCUUCUAUGCUGUCAGAACAGUUGACAUUCACUAUGAGGAAAUAUUUUAUACUUAUGACACCAAGAUAAAACAAUAGAGCUACAUGAGUAUUCCAUUUGAGCGGUUCCAGGACAAGUAUGUCAACCUGGACUACAACCCCACUGAUCAGAAACUCUACAUGUACAACGAUGGCUACUAUGUCAACUAUCAUCUCUGGUUUGACAACCAGGCCACUGUAAACACAACACACCCCUUGGUCAGAUAAAAGGCCUAUUGUGGCAUCUCUCAUAUUGAAACUCGUUAUACUCAAAUCAGAUUUAAUCUCUUUUGUAGUUGCUCUGAUUAUAUAGAAUAUCCGGUUUCAUGCACAUUGUGUUGAUUUUAAAUAAAUCUCGUAAGCAUU